GUUUUGUAUAUAAGGUCGAUUUCUUGGCGAAGCAAAGCAAUUGAGUCAAACGACGAUUAACGCAACGAUCAACGAACGAUCUUCAAGAUGAAGAGUUGCGUAGUUUUGUUAUGCCUGGUACUGUGUACAGCACCGAUCGUAAUGACACAAUCACAAGCGUAUAUACUGCCUUAUCCGGGCGAUUGCAGCAAGUAUCAACAAUGCGACGAGAGUGGUUGCUUUGUGAUGAGCUGCGGUAGAGGAACGGAAUUUAAUCCGGCUAUAGGUACUUGUGAUUAUCCUCUGAGAGACCGGUCAAACUGUGGUAAUCGUGGUUGAACACUUUUACAUGGAGCUAUUGUAAAAAUGCACAGUUAUUUUUAAUAUUCACUCCUAUUUUGGGAUUCACUCCUAACGGAUACUUGUUUUAUAACACUGUAUAAAUAAAAUUAUAAUAUUAAUGUAAA